UACUAAAUUAGAACCCCAAAAUCUGGGUCCUUACUAUAUCCAUGAUGUACUACCCAAUGGGGUGUACAAACUACGAAUGAUCGAUGCUCUGUUGUAUUAUGUCAGCUGCGACUUUUAUAAAAAGCCCCUUCUGGACCUCUCUCUAGAAAAGAAGAAUAAAGAAAUUUUAUUAGAAACCAUGGACCCCGUUGAGACCUCUUCCAACAUCCAAAAAACUCUCGCCUUACUUAAGAGUCAAAUGGAGAAAGCCAGCCUGGAAGGAACGUAUAUGGUAUCUUCCAAUAGUGAUUUAUAUUUCACGGACCAACAAACCCAAAUUAUUCAAGCUGAGGGUCCCAAAUGUGAGAGCGAUGGUCAGAGGCUUCGUCAAAGGAUGCCAGAAUUUCUCCAUGAUAUUCGACGCAGCGGAAUUUCUUCCACUUCAAUCAAAGCUCCUCCAGGAGAUACCUGA